AUGGCACCUAUGAAACCAUCAUCGGCCUCUACAAAGCCAGCAGCAACUACUACCACAAGCAACACUACAACCUCUACUCCAAAAACUACAACUACUACUACCACUACGAACACUUCAAGUACAACUUCCACAACCACUACUAAUCCAACGCUGUUGCAAUCUUUGCAUAGCACUUUCUCUAAAACUCUUGAUGCUUCUGUUGAUACCAUUAGCAAUCAAUUUCUCUCUAAAAUGUUGGGAAUUAACCUUCCAAGCGAUCAACAACGCAAGCUUAGUCUUGCUGUUGGAAUGACUGGAGCUGGCCUUACUUUCUACAUGUUGAAGAAGCUCAUUAACAAGAUGAUGUACAUGUUCUCACUUCCAAAACCUUCAAUCACCAAUAAGGAUUACGAUAUCAUCAUUGUUGGAGCUGGUAUUGCUGGUUGUGCUCUUGGAUCUGUGCUUGCUAAGGCUAAUAAGAAAGUUUUGGUUAUCGAAAGAGAUAUGAGUGAGCCUGAUCGUAUCAUUGGAGAAUUGCUUCAACCAGGAGGUGUUCAACACUUGAAAGAUCUAGGCCUAGGCCAUUGUCUCGAAGGUAUUGAGGCCGCGACUGUUAAGGGGUAUCAAGUUUUCUAUAGGGAUGAAACUGUCCAUUUACCUUAUCCACAAGUUGAAGGAAGAGCAUUCCACUAUGGUAGAUUUAUCAUGAAUUUGAGAAGAGCUUGUGAGAAAGAUGGAGCUAAGAUGAUACAAAGAGUUGUCACUGGAUUGAUCGAAAAAACUCCAGGCCUUGUUGAGGGUGUAGAGUAUAAGGAAGGAGAUCAAACUGUGUCUGUCUCUGCCCAUAUGGUCAUUGUAUGCAAUGGAGCUGGUAGCUCAUUCACAAGACAAGUUCGUUCUGACAAAAUCGGUAGCGGAAACAAACCAUUGGUUGUUUCUCAAUUCAUUGGAUUGGAAUUACCAAACUGUGCAGAUAAGUUGCCAAAACCUGGACAUGGUAAUGUUUUCUUAUUACCUGACGCUCCAUGCUUGCUUUAUCCAAACAGCACAUCUUCUGUCAGAUGUUUGAUUGACUUCCCUGAUGGAGAUUCUAACAAGUUACCAAAGAGAGGAGAGGAAAUGGCAAAGUAUUUGUUGCAAUACAUUAUGCCUCAUCUUCCUGUUCAAGUACAUGAUGCCUUUAAGGCCGAAGUUGAUGCUGACAGAAUUAAGGUUGUUCAAAAUCGAGAAAUUCCAGGUGAAACUCCAGACACUCUCUUAAAGAAGGGCGUUGUCUUGAUCGGAGACGCCAUGAAUUGUAGACAUCCUAUCACUGGUGGUGGUAUGACAGUUACCUUCUCAGAUUGCAAGGAGCUUUCUAAAGCAAUCAUUAAUGCUAAAGACCUGUCAUCAGUGGCAGAAGUUGAUAAUGCAAUUGCAACAUUCUACAAGAACAGAGCAAAGGUUGCUAACACCAUCAACAUACUUGCAAAUGCUUUAUACAGCAUUUUUGCUCCACCUGGAGGUGCUAGAAAUUGGGAAGCAUUCAAACGUAACGAACCUAUUCCUUCACUUUCAGAGAAUGACAGUAUGAGUAUUAUGCGUAGAGCAGUUUUUGAAUAUUUCAAGAAGGGAGGUAUUUGUCAAACUGGACCACUUUCUCUCAUUAGUGGAAUCUGGCGUUCACCUCAUGGACUUAUUACUCACUUCUUUGCUGUUGCUGUCAUUGGAUCAUUUGAUCUCAUUAGGGAAGGAGGUGUGCUUGGCAUUUUUGGUGCUUUAGCAAAAAGCUUUAAGAUGAUUACGGGAGCUACUGGUUUAAUUGCUCCACUCAUUGCCGAAGAAGGAUUGCUUCCAUUCCUUUUCCCCAGAUUUAUCUGGAGGAGAAAGCCAAUGCCACACCACCAAAAGUAA